AUGGGUUCAUACACUGCUACUCCUGACAUAGGCGCUAUUCUAAACCAGCUAACAUUGGAAGAGAAAGUCUCUCUUUUGGCUGGAAAGAAUUUCUGGGAGACAGUGGACAUUCCGGAGAAGGGCGUCCCCUCAGUCAAAGUAUCCGAUGGUCCCAAUGGAGCGCGAGGUGCGACCUUCAAGGGCGGCCCAACAGCUGCUUGUUUCCCGGCAUCUUGUCUCCUAGCAGCAACAUGGGACGUGGAAGCUGCUAGGAACAUUGGAAAUGCCCUCGCAGAAGAGACGCAAUCCAAGGGAGCUCGUGCACUUCUGGCUCCAACUGUCUGCCCUCAUCGGCAUCCGCUCGGUGGUCGCAAUUUCGAGUCUUUCUCUGAAGAUCCGUUGCUUGCCGGUAAAAUGGCCGCGCAGUAUAUCAACGGUCUGCAAGAGAAGGGCGUCGCAGCCACAAUCAAGCACUUUGCCGCCAACGAGCAGGAAACUUGUCGGUUCACAGUGAAUGCUCACAUUGACGAAAGGGCUCUUCGUGAAAUCUAUCUCAAGCCAUUCGAGAUUGCCGUUAAAGAAGCCAACCCCAUGGCAGUCAUGACUUCGUACAAUAUUCUCAAUGGUCACCAUGCCGAUUCAAGCAAAUUUCUUCUCGAAGAUGUUUUGCGCGGUCAAUGGGGAUGGAAUGGUCUUGUCAUGAGUGACUGGGGCGGCACGAACUCGACUGCUGGAUCUCUUGAGGCUGGCCUUGACCUUGAGAUGCCCGGUCCCACCAGGUGGCGAAAUGUUGAGGCUGUUCUUGAGGAAGUAAAGGCUGGCCGAGUCUCAGAAAAGACCAUCAACGAACGGGCUCGCAACGUUCUCGAGUUCGAGGCCAAACUUCGCUGUUUCGAGGACCCAACUAUUCCAGAAGAAAAAGCCAUUAAUAAACCAGAGCACCAGAAGCUUAUCCGCUCAGUUGGCAGUCAAGGCCUGGUUCUUCUCAAGAAUGACAGUAACAUCUUGCCUUUGAAUAAGGAGCAGCUUGGCAACAAAAAGGUUGCUCUGUUGGGAUUCGCUAAAGAGGGUUUGAUACACGGUGGUGGCAGUGCAUCUGUCAAUGCUCACUACCGUGUUACACCCGAAGAGGGUCUCCGUGCUGCACUCGGUGAUGCUGUUGAUUUCGAAUAUGCUCAGGGCGCCCACACAUUCCGCCAAUUACCAUUGAUGGAAACGAUGGUUGUGGACCGUGACGGCCAGCCUGGAUGGACCUUGGACUUUUUCCUUAGCGAAGAACCAUCAGGCAACCCAUCUUCCUCGAAGCACUCUGAUGUGCCAACAUACAUGCCGAUUUUCGUCAAAGAGGCUUGGGGUAGCCUGAAGGCAUCUGGUCGCUUCACCCCAACACAAAGCGGUCGUCACUACCUUGGCAUGUCAGGAUUAGGGCUCUCCAAGAUCCUCAUCGAUGGAAAGACCGUAUACGAACAAAAAGAAAACUGCCCCGACUCAAUGGCAUUCCUGCUUGGUGGAGUCAAAGAGCCCGAGGUCCAGUGGGACUUUGAAGCUGGAAAGACUUACAACCUAGAGAUAAUCACACUAAAGCCUUCCGAGAGCGGCGGUUUCGCUCUCGUAGACGGAUACCUAGGCUUCCGAUUCGGCUUCAUGACUGAGAAAGAGCACAAUAAGGAUCUCAUCUCCGAAGCUGUAGAAGUCGCAAAACGUUCCGACCUUGCAAUUGUCUUCACCGGCCACACACCCGAAUGGGAAACAGAAGGCCAGGACCAAAUGAGCUUCAACCUCCCCAGCAACGGAUCCCAGGACCGCCUCGUGGCAGCUGUGAGCGCAGCAAGCCCCAACACAAUCGUGGUCAACUGCACCGGCGUAGCUGUUAGCAUGCCCUGGCUUGACGAUGUCAAGGCCGUCGUACAAGCCUGGUUCCCGGGACAAGAAGCCGGUAACGCAAUUGCAGACGUUCUCACUGGAGCAGUCAACCCAUCUGGUCGUCUCCCGGUCUCCUUCCCGCGCAGACUCGAAGAUGCUCCUGCCCAUGGCAAUUUCCCCGGUGAAUACAUCGACGGAAACCUUCAUGUUACCUACGAAGAAGGGAUCUUCGUGGGAUACAGACACUAUGACCGAUCCGAGGAACACCGCUCUCAGGUCCUCUUCCCAUUCGGCUAUGGUCUUUCGUAUACGCAAUUCAGCCAUGGAAUCCCGACAGUAACAACCUCUGAUGAUGCAGAGGACUUUACGAUUACAACUACUGUCACCAACACUGGCUCUCGGGCCGGUGCUGAUGUUGUUCAGGUUUAUGCUGGAGCAAAGGUUGCAUCCAGUGAGGAUCCGGUGAAGGAGUUGGUUGGGUUUGCCAAGGUCCAUCUUGCCCCUCAGGAGACUCAGACUGUUACUAUUAGAUUUAAAGCCCGGCAGUUGGCUCAUUUCGGCGACAACACUAAAAGAUGGGAGCUGAAGCAGGGCGACUAUGAUAUUGCUGUUGGGCGGUCUAUACAGGAUAUUGUCGGGAAGGUCACAGUGUCUGCUAGGGCUAGGUCUUAUGAGUUGUGA